ACCUUCCGCUCCACUCGCGUCUCACGAGCCACUCGCACACUCGCUGCACGCUUCGCCUUCUUCUCGGGACCUCGCCUCCACUUCUACGCCUGCCUCUGGCCUUCCAUCAUGAGCCACAGCGGCAUGGACAUGGGCGGCGAUGCCGCGUCGUGCAAGAUCUCGAUGCUGUGGAACUGGUACACCAUCGAUGCCUGCUUCUUGGCGUCUAGCUGGCACGUCAAGUCGCGCGGCGCCUUUGCCGCCUCGUGCAUCGGCGUGGCGCUGCUCGUCGUCGUGCUCGAGGCGCUGCGGCGAGCGGCGCGCGAGUACGACGUCUUCCUUGCGGCGCAGUUCCAGCGGCACGUCGCUGCGCAGGCCAAGGCGCGGGCCGUGGCGUCGCCGUCCACGUCGACGAGCGUGACGUUCCGGGCGUCUGCGCCGCAGCAGCUGGUGCGCGCCGUGCUGCACGCGGCACAGUUCGGCCUGGCGUACCUGCUCAUGCUGCUCGCCAUGUACUUCAACGGCUACAUCUUCCUCAGCCUCGUCGUCGGCGCCGGGCUCGGCAAGUUCCUCUGCGACUGGCUCGAGGUGACGAUCGGCAUCGCCGCGCAGCCGCCGUGCCUGCCGGGCGGUGCCGCGCCGCCGAAGCAGCAGCAGGCUGUCGUGGUGGCGUCCAAUGAGGCGCCGACAUGCUGUGCCUGAGGGAUUUGAAUGAGAUUAUGUCACUGUCUG